UUCUGUCGUGUAGCAACCUAGCGGUAACGUUAGUUUUAUCUAUACCAAAAUAACACAUUUCCACACUCUUUAGUCGCUCUUUAACAGCUCCAGUCGUGCGUGUGGACGCUGUUUUAUCAUUUGUUUCCAAUUUGCUGACCACGUAAACGAAGAAGAGGUUUGAACAGCGGAGUUUCACACGUCGUAGCAGGACACUCUUUGAAAAUGAAGACAACUACCGACGGAAAAUCUACCAACUUUCUGUUAGACGCUUCUCUGCUGUAUAAAGAAACAUGUCCGGAGCUGUCACGGUUCUUCCUGUAAGAAAGCAGAGGCCUAUGAAUGCCACUGUGAACGCACCACCGAAGCAGAAAUGCUCCCGUCUGUUGCAGAACACCUUGGUGUGUCCGUACUGUUAUCAGUGGCUGCAGCCUGACAAUCACCGGAUGCGACUGCGACCCAAGCAGCGUCCAUCAGCACGGGUGCAGAGCAUCCUGCGUAGAAAGGCCCGGGGGAAACGACUCAGCUUGGUGCAAAAAAAUCUGCUGCAUCACUUCCAAAAGUCCUCCUCAGUACUGAUGGCCACCUGCCACACUUGCAAUAAGACAUCCAGACACAAAGGAAUGAAUAGGGACUUUAUAGCUACCCUCGCUAAGACCCACAGCACCCCAGGGAGCGCUGGCAAACACAAGACUCCACAAUUAACCAGCAGAUCCAACUCGACUACCCCCAAGACUCCUGGCAAAGACAAGACACCUGUUCAUACACCAAGGUCCUCUAUGUCCUCUAACACUUCAGGGUCAGGCUCAUCUUCCUCCAAGCCUCCAUCUAAACCAAAAAAUUGGGUCGUCCAGCGUCUCAGCAAGAUUCUCAUGCGAGAAGACAACCCGGGCAGCAAAAAGGGGGGCUUGAAAGAUUUUCUUUCCUCACUUUGAGUGUUUUUUAUAUUCUUAUAUAAAAACAAGGGUUUUGACCGUGUUGUAACCUGUUUACACCCGAGGCUAAGGGGGAACUAAAGACAGUAAUUUGGUUUCCAAGCCCUUGUGGGAAUGGUUACAGUUUGGCUACCAGCACAACUAUUGCUGGGCUGUUUGGAAUGGCACUCCUGAAAUCCUGAAGUGCAGAAAUUAGGCUGGUUAUUUCACCUAUUAAUCAGGGUUAUUGCAUCCUCUGCUGAGCCUGUCAGAGGAGAAUGCUUCUUUUGUCUAAUUUAGCACAUGCCUCUUAUAAUCUCCUAAAUUGGGGAUAUUACUGUGAGUGGAAUGUUUGAGGAAUUAUUCGCUAGUUAUCAAAUGGCUGAAACAUCACAGGAAAGCCAUCUUUGUUCUGUGAUGGUGUUUGUGGCAUGAUGAGCUGGUUUACAUGCCAAUAUCCUUUCAUUUUUGAUUUUUUUUUAUUCUAAAGUUACAAUUAUACAUUUAUAUGAUGAAUAUGAAACUAUUUGGUAUUCAUACUACUUGAUGUUGAAACUUUUGUAUUUGAAUUUAUUUACUCACUUUAUUUUUUGGCCCUCUCCAGAUGUGUCUGUGUAUUUGUGAUGGCUCUGGCGAACCAUGACAGAUUUGAUACACUAUUUAACAUUUUUUUAAUUGCAUACAAAUGAUUUUGAGAGUGUGCAAGUCACCAAUGAAGAUAUUUGUGAUUAUUAUCUAAAAUGGGACUCAUCAGUUGUUGUUUACAUUGAAUAGGCACAUUUGCCUAGAACCUGUACACAAAGACUUACUGACAAUACCUAUUGUCAAGACUUUCUUAUAUAUAUUUUCUUUGGGUAUUCUUGUUUGUGAAUGGUUACUCUUUUCAUCUUUAUGUUAAGAGCAGGAAUUUAAAUAUGUCUACUGAAUUUUGUACUGCCUGACUACCUACCUGUUGUCCAUUAGCUGUUCAAUGUACAGUAUGUGUUUAAAUCCUGAAAUACCUCACAUUUGUAUUCCGCCUACAUCUUGAUUCUCUGAAAUAAAAACCUUUUCAG